GCCACAGCAGCGGGCCACGGCGGCUUAGAGAGCUGGAGCCGCGACAGCCUCCAGCGCGCGCAGGACCCGCCGACAGCCGGAGAGACCGACCGAAGGACGCGGGACCGGGUCGCCGCUGCCACCACGGGGCGCUCCCUCUCGCCCUCCGAGUCCGGCCACCUGGUCUUCCCCUCGGCCCCGGCCGCCUCAGACUCAACAAAAUGAAGCCAGGAUGCUUUUGGCUGCAUCUCACACUGCUUGGAGCCUCCCUGCCUGCUGCGCUGGGGUGGAUGAACCCAGGAACCAGCAGAGGAUUGAACAUGGGUGUGGGAGAGUCCCGGGAAGAGGAAUCCAGAAGCCUUGAAGUCACAAGAAGAGAAGGGCUUUCCGGCCACCGUGGGCUGCCGGCCUCCUGCAGGAAGAAGUUCUGCAGCCGCGGGAGCAGGUGCACGCUCAGCAGGGAGACGGGGGAGCCCGAGUGCCGGUGCCUGGAGGCCUGCAGUCCCAGCUACGUGCCCGUGUGUGGCUCCGACGGGAGGGUUUACGAAAACCACUGUGAGCUCCACCGUGCUGCUUGCCUGCUGGGGAAGAAGAUUGUCAUCGUCCGCAGCAAGGACUGUUUCCUUAAAGGUGACCCAUGCACCAUGGCCGACUACGCCCGCCUGAAGAAGGCCCUUCUGGCGCUGCAGACCCACCUGCAGCCACUCCAUGAAGGGGACAGCAGACAAGACCCUGCUUCCCAGAAGCGGCUCCUGGUGGAAUCUCUGUUUAAGGACUUGGAUGUAGACGGGGAUGGCCACCUCAGCCGCUCUGAACUGACCCAGCACGUGCUGAAGGAGCAGGCCCUGGAAGAGGACUUCCUGGGGUGCUCACCAGGCGACCUCCUCCGAUUUGAUGACUACAACAAAGACGGCCUCCUGACCCUCCAUGAGUUCUACACAGCCUUCCAGGUGGUACAGCUCAGCCUCGCCCCUGAGGAGAGGGUCAGUGUGGCCACAGUGACCGUGGGCCUGAGCACAGUGCUGACCUGCGCUGUCCACGGAGACCUGCGGCCACCCAUCGUCUGGAAGCGCAACGGGCUGGCCCUGAACUUCCUGGAUUUGGAAGACAUCAAUCAGGACUUUGGAGAGGACGACUCCCUCUACAUCACCAAGGUGACCACCAUCCACAUGGGCAAUUACACCUGCCAUGCCUCUGGCUACGAGCAGCUGUUCCAGACCCACGUCCUGCAGGUGAAUGUGCCACCCGUCAUCCGUGUCUAUCCAGAGACCCAGGCACAGGAACCCGGAGUGGCAGCUAGCCUGAGAUGUCACGCAGAGGGCAUUCCUAUGCCCAGAAUCACUUGGCUAAAAAAUGGCAUGGAUGUCUCAACCCAGAUGUCGAAACAGCUUUCCCUUUUAGCCAAUGGGAGCGAACUCCACAUCGGCAGUGUUCGGUAUGAAGACACAGGGGCGUAUACCUGCAUUGCCAAAAAUGAAGUGGGCGUGGAUGAAGAUAUUUCCUCCCUCUUCAUCGAAGACUCGGCUAGAAAGACCCUUGCAAACAUUCUAUGGCGAGAAGAAGGCCUCAGUGUGGGAAACAUGUUCUACAUCUUCUCCGACGAUGGCAUAAUCGUCCUGCACCCAGUGGACUGUGAGAUCCAGAGGCACCUCAAACCCACGGAGAAGAUCUUCAUGAGCUACGAAGAAAUCUGUCCUCAAAGGGAAGGAGGCGCCACCCAGCCCUGCCAGUGGGCGUCAGCAGUGAAUGUCAGGGACCGCUACAUCUACGUGGCCCAGCCCGCGCUGAGCAGAGUCCUCGUGGUCGACGUGCAGGCCCAGAAAGUCCUCCAGUCCAUAGGUGUCGACCCUCUGCCGGCUAAGUUGGCCUAUGACAAAUCACAUGACCAAGUGUGGGUCCUGAGCUGGGGGAACGUGCAUAAGUCCCAACCAAGCCUCCAGGUGAUCACAGAGGCCAGCACCGGUCAGGGCCAGCACCUGAUCCGCACACCCUUUGCAGGAGUGGACGAUUUCUUCAUUCCUCCAACAAACCUCAUCAUCAACCACAUCAGGUUCGGCUUCAUCUUCAACAAGUCUGACCCUGCAGUCCACAAAGUCGACCUGGAAACAUUGAUGCUCCUCAAGACCAUCGGGCUGCAGAGCCACGGCUGCCUGCCGCAGGCCAUGGCCCACACCCACCUGGGCGGCUACUUCUUCAUCCAGUGCCGACAGCACAGCCCCUCUCCAGCCGCCCCGCAGCUGCUGCUCGACAGUGUCACGGACGCCGUGGUCGGCCCCAACGGCCACGUUACCGGCACCCCACACACGUCCCCCGAUGGGCGCUUCCUAGUCAGCGCCGCGUCCAGCAGCCCCCAGCUUCACGUGCAGGAGAUCACGCUGCGGGGGGAGAUCCAGACCCUCUAUGACCUGAAAGUGAGCCAGGGCGUCUCAGACGUGGCCUUCCAGCCCUCCUUCACCCAGGGCGACCGGUACUACGUCUACGCCACGCUGGAGACAGAGCCGGACCUGCUCUUCCUGGAACUGUCCACGGGGAAGACGGGCGUGCUGAAGGGCUUGAAGGAGCCGCCCGCGCCCGCGGGGCCAGCCCGAGCCUGGGCCGGGCCCCGCAGGAUCGUGAGGGACAGCGGGCUGUUCGGGCAGUACCUCCUCACGCCGGCCCGAGAGUCACUGUUUCUCAUCAACGCGAGACAAAACGCGCCGCGGUGUGAGGUGGCGGGAGUAAAGGGGGGGACCACAGUGGUGUGGGUGGGCGAGGUAUGAAGCAGCCACGAGCGCCGCCUGGUACUGACACCGCAGCCCCAAGCAGGCACCCUGUACAUUUUUACAGACAAAAGCAAAAACCUGUAUUCGCUUUGUGGUUCAACACUGGUCUCCUUGCAAGUUUCCUAGUAUAAGGUAUGCGCUGCUAACGAGAUGGGGGUUUUUCGUUAGGACGUAUGAUUUCUGCCUUGAGCUACGAUGAGAAUAUGCUGCCGUGUAAAGGAAUCAUUUCUGCGCCCGGCUACGCGCCACGUUACCUGGGCCGCCAUGGAACCAGGAGCUCCUGCUUUCCAGGCGAUGCUUCUGUCGGUUGCCUUCGCCUAGUUAUUCUCCAGGGUCCGGCCAGACUUCACCCUGAUGGUGUGGCCUGAAGACACAGGCUCCCCGGGGCAGGGCUCUCCCUCCUGGCGUGAGAGCCACAUCGCCCUCGCUCUGGACCUCAUUUUCUCCUUCGCAGUUGCUUCUUGCUUUUCUUUCCAUUUGACUUGUUGUAAGCCUGAGGGAGAGCCAACAAGACUUAUUGCAUCUUGGGGGAUGGGGAAAUCACUCACUUUAUUUUGGAAUUUUUGAUUAAAAAAUAAUUUUUUAUAAUCUCAAA